CAAAGAACAGAUUUACUGAAAUUCCUCCUGAUGUCUGGCUGUUUGCACCACUGGAAACUUUAAAUUUGUAUCACAACUGCAUCAAGUCUAUUCCAGAAUCUAUUAAAAACCUGCAAAUGCUUACCUACCUUAACAUUAGACAGACAAUGUUCAGGAACCACAGCUAUAGAAAUUUGCUGCUAUCAAGAGGCUAAAUUACUCUGGCCAGAAAGUCCUGCUCAUUUUGCACAUUAUUUACAUCCACUGCUGUACUGCUCUUUUUAAACUUGGAAAACAUAUGGUUGGAUUUUCUCACUAGAACAGAAGAUGGAUAUGAGCUCUGGAAGUCGGAAUCUUUUGUCAACAUUGCCAAAAUACCUGUUUGAUCUUCCACUGAAAGUUCUGGUUGUCAGCAAUAACAAACUGGUCUCCAUUCCAGAAGAAAUUGGAAAAUUGAGAGAUCUAAUGGAGUUGGAUAUUAGCUGUAAUGAACUCCAAGUUCUUCCCCAGCAAAUAGGAAAAUUGCAGUCACUUAGAGAAUUGAACAUAAGAAGAAAUAAUCUCCAUAUGUUGCCAGAUGAAUUAGGAGACCUUCCCUUGGUAAAGCUGGAUUUUUCUUGUAAUAAAAUUACAGAAAUUCCCAUUUGUUACAGAAAGUUACGUCACUUACAAGUUAUAGUUUUGGAUAACAAUCCAAUGCAGAUACCACCAGCACAGAUAUGUUUAAAAGGCAAAGUACAUAUAUUUAAAUUCCUCAGUAUUCAGGCGUGCCUCAGAAUAGAUAAAAAACCAGAUUCCUUAGAUCUUCCAUCAUUAGGCAAACGAAUCCCCUCCCAGCCACUCACAGACAGCAUGGAAGACUUUUAUCCCAAUAAAAACCAUGGACCAGACUCUGGCAUUGGAAGUGAUAAUGGGGAUAAAAGGUUGUCCACUACAGAACCAUCUGAUGAUGAUACAAUCAGCCUUCACUCCCAGGUGUCAGAAUCAACAAGGGAACAGACAUUAAGGAAUGACAAUCACGUCUUGGGAAGUAAACUCGAUCCACAGAAAGACCAAGAGGCAUUUGACUACAUUGAUCCCAACGCUGAGGAGGGAGCUCUUCCUGAGCAGGGAGAUGCACAGAUUGGCCCCCUGCUCUCCUAUGUCAAGGAACGGGGAAAGCAUCCUGAGAAAUCCCAGAAAACUGAACAAAAUGAGGACUGGGGGGAUGAAAAAAGACUUCAGAAAGAACAGCUGCUGGCUGAAGAUGAUGAUGAACUCAAAGAAGUGACUGACUUGAGAAAAAUUGCAGCUCAGUUGUUGCAGCAAGAACAAAAACACAGACGAAGGCCACUAAGCUAUAGAACUUCAUUCAGUGAAAAGCUCUUCCAGAGGACCAGGGCGGCAGGACGUGCAUCAAGGCUUCUUAAUCAUUCAGUUUCAGUAAACACAAGGAACAGGCCAAAGCAGCCAAUGGAAUCUGAAAAAUGUGUUUCAACAAAUGAAGUGAAUUCCUCAGUGUCCCCAUACAGCUGGCAGCCACUGGAAAACCAGAAGGAUUCAGUGGAUGAGCAGCACUGGCCAGAAACACAGCCAGUAAUCUGGCAGAAUGAAGAAAGGAGGAGAAGUAAACAAAUCAGAAAAGAGUAUUUCAAGUAUAAGUCUUCCAGAAAGAGUUCAAGUGGAAAUGAAAAUGAUGAGCAAGACAGUGAUAAUACUAAUGUGUCUCCACAGUCUCCUGUGUCGUCUGAGGAUUGUGAAAGGACAGAUAGUAACACUCAUGGUCCAUUUGGUCUCAAACCAAGGUCAGCUUUCAGCCGUGCCUCACGCCAGGACUAUGGUGCACUGGAUCCUGGGUUCACUAUGAGGAGGAAAAUGGAACAUUUAAGGGAAGAGAGGGAACAAAUCAGACAGCUUCGCAGUAACCUUGAAUCCAGGUUGAAGGUAAUUUUGCCAGAUGACAUUGGAGCAGCGUUGAUGGAUGGGGUGGUUCUUUGCCAUUUAGCCAAUCACAUAAGGCCACGUUCUGUUGCCAGCAUUCACGUCCCAUCGCCAGCAGUGCCUAAACUCAGCAUGGCAAAGUGCCGAAGAAAUGUUGAAAACUUUCUUGAUGCUUGUAAAAAAUUGGGCGUUCCACAGGAGAGACUUUGCUUGCCUCAUCACAUUCUGGAGGAAAGGGGUCUGGUGAAGGUUGGCCUCACAGUUCAAGCCCUGCUUGAGUUGCCUGCAUUGAAAGUAUCUCAGCUUUCUUCCAUGUGACAUGACUUCUUGGCAGCUAGACAGCUUCCCAUUGCUCUGUUAUGGAUUGCUCUGAGGCAUUUCAGUCUCCUACACGGGAACACCCAAGCCAUCAAAAACUAAAACCUGUCCAGAUGCUGUAGAGAGCCUUACUUUGGAGCUGUGUGUGAAAACCUUGGAGUCAGUUCACAGUUAAAAGAACAUAACUAUUCUUUUUUUUUCUUUUGUAAUUGGAUGUACUAAGAGAAUCUGGUAGCAUCAGGUUCUCUUUCCAGUUAAGUUAAAAGCUGCCAUUUAACAUCUCAGUGUUAGAGUUAAAUGCUGGAUUUCUUUUUUUACAUUGAAAAUGUUGUUUGAGUUACUUUUGAAAGUACAAAGCACACCCCCCGUCACUUUAAUUUUUUGAGUCAAUCAUUUGAUUUAAAGAUGAGUCAAAAAUGUAGCGAUGGUAUGAUGGUAAAAAUGUGAGCAACUGAUCACUUGUAAUCCCCUUUCACUCUCUGAAAGCUUAAUAUUUGCGUUCUUUGUUUUUUGCACUCCUGAUUGUAACUUACGCACUUCUAACAUUGCCAGUAUUGAGUGUGAGUGUCUGGUGAUUACACAGAACAGGAUACAGUGAGAAAAGGACACAGUUUAUUGAGUUUUUCCAGUCUUCUAGGUUGGUGCCAAAUAUUUUUUUUCAGUUGUACUGUAGAUUGUUUACCUGUGAAGUGCCUGUGUAAUUGAUAACUCUUAAUAGUCUUAAACAUUUUUGAAGUUUCUUUGUUUAAAAUAGAUAAAAUGGAAAUUUUUUAAUAUUUUAAUAGUUUUUUUGUAAAAUCAGUAUGUGAAGAUUUAAGUAAUACUUCACAUUUUUGAUGUUGGGUGUUUUAAGUUUGUUGCACAAUUUAAUUGUUGUCUAAUAAUUAGAAAAUACUGUAAAUACUUUUUAUUUAUGCUAUUUAAUUUGAUAAUACCUAAUUACUUUUGAUUUAUUGUAUUGUUGGACAAAAAAAAAGUUGUCUACUUUUUUUUCUUUGGGACAAACAAAUACACAUGAUGAAUAAGACAUGAGGACUAGUGAUUCAUACAGAGUAAUUUAGGACAUUUUGAUAAAACUGCCAAAAUCUCAGGUUUACGCUGUGAUGUUCAGGAUUUUGUGUAAUAUUGCUCCUGAUCUCACAUGACAUUUUUACAACAGGUAUAUCCAUAAUUUAGCUGGGAAGUAUCAGUGUUUAUCUUUUUAGUGUUUGCAGGGUUUAAUGUGUAAUUUACGUGAGUGUUGCAUUAGCACACAGGUCAGUUUCUACAAAUGUCACUGUGCUGAGACAUUGGAUCGAUGGAUAAAUGUGAAAACGAAACAUUUCCAUUGUGGUGUUCUUUUGAAACUUCUGAGUUGAUGUAUUUGUUUGCUUCUGAACAAAUUCUUGGUGUGUUGAAUCAUACACAGUUGAGUUCUUCUCCAAACAACUUGCAAAUAAUUUCAUCAUUUUGGUAGUACAUCUGUUUGUAUUAGUUUGUUAUUCAUGAAUAGGUAGCUCAAUUAAAGAAAAAUGUUUUGACUGCCACAGAUUUUCUAUUUCAGGCUAAGUUAUUUUCAGUUGAGGGAUAUGUUUGCCAGGCAUGUGACAAGAUUUGAUUCCGUUCUUUCCAAUUGACCAAGACCCUGUGUAAGAUAAUUCAUAAAAGAAUGGGGAAGGAGUAUUGUCUAUUGUACUGUAGUCUUAUAGGCAAUAGCUGACAGGAAAAAUAACCUUUUUCUGGUAAGUUUAAAAAUACCACUUAUUUUUAAAUCCAUUGAAACAAGUUUGUGUAAAUGUAAUAGCUAAAAUCCACUAUUGUUCAUAUAGUGUUGUCUUAAAACACAGCUUAUGGAGAGGCUGGUGUAUAAAUUACUUUGAAAAGUCAUAGAUAUAAAUCUUAGGUUAGAUAAAUACGUGUUUAAGGAAACUGGAUUGCUUUGACGUUUGAAAUAUUGUAUUUCAAAUCUGUCUCUAAUUGGUUUUUGUAUCUUUUUGAAUGGUUAUUUUAACAACUUCAGUCUCUAUUUUCAUUAAUGGCACUAUUUGAAAAGUCAUGUAAAAACUAAAGAAAAACUUAUAAUUCACUAAGCAAAAUGUUUGCCUGCUACACCUAAAAAACCCAGCCACUCAAAAAGAAUAAGUCCUUGUCUUUGAUUUCCCUGUUGUUGCUACUACCAGAGCAAAGUUCUAGUUCAGUGUUAGCCAUGGAAGUGCUAACUACAAAUUAUCACUUUGUUAUCUGAAAAGUGAUCUCCACUAUUUCCUUGCCAUAUUUUAAAACAUUUUCUGUGCUUAAGGUAACAUUUUUCCUUCUUGAACUAAUUUUAUUAAGUUACAUCACAAUGUAAACAUUAAGAAUUCCCUUGAUGUAGCAUGGCAGCUGCUGACUACUAAGGGGUUUUUCAAACUCCUUAGUAAGUUGAAAACUGGAUACGAAACUUAAGUACUCAUUUUAAACUGAAAUCUACUAAAACAACUUGGUUUUGGGGUUUUUUUUGUACUCUGCAGUUCUUCCCCCACAGACUUGCCACCAACAGUCUUGCUUUGCCAUUCCUUGGAAAUUAUUAUGGCUGCCUUCUUGCUUAUGGAGGAGGAUAAUUAUGAUUCUUCCAAGGCUUCUCUUUUACCAUGCAAAGAUUAAAGCCUUCAAGUACCCUUAGGAGCAGUCUGAGAAAAGAUCCUCUGUGGAUGAAACUUUUUCUCAUCACUAACUUCAUUUACUACUACUACUAAUAAUAAUCUAAAGCCUUGCUAACAUUGGCUUGUAUCCAUUGUGAUUUAACAUCAAUUUCAAAAAUGAUGCUAAAAAGACUUGAAUUUGAAGUUUAUUUCCAGGUAGCCUGUGGAGAUAGUUGUGUCAUUCCUGUACAAGAAUUUGCAUAUACUCUACUCCUUUCCCCUUUCCUUUUGAUUCCCAGCAUCUUACUUAUCUUUGUUCAUUCUCAGAUCUAGUGCAUUCAGGUUGUUGGUCACUCUGGGCCACUUCCCUUCUUCCUCUUGAAUUUGUUUAAGAAAUUGUUCCAGUGGCACUGGUAAACCACUGUGAUUCCAGAAUCCUUGCUCCAAACAUUUCCAGUGUUUGAGAUACCCAUUUUCAGUUUUGUUUAGGAUAUGAUGCCAUUAUUUAAUACUUGAUACAGCUGAUAGGGUAGGUAAAAACAGGCCUGCUCAGUUCCUGUUGCACUCUUUUUCCACUUACAACUUGAAAAGUCAUCAUUAAAAGCUUUAGGAAGGUGCAUUAAGUUUUCCUAAUAAACUUUGCAAUAAUGUGGCAUGAACUGUAAAUUACAGAGUGGAUCAGCAUAGUGACAGGGCUUCUGGCCUUGUGUAUUUUUUCUGUGUUUUAUGUCACUGCAUGCAGUAUGUCACAUGUGACUGAUCUUUCACUUGAGCAAUAAUGUCCCAGAUAUGGUGAGGUCUUAAAGCAGUGACAAUAAAAUAAUUGUUGUGAAGUGUGAUGUCUUCCCAGAGAGUAUCUCAGAAAUGCUUUUCAUCUGUUCUCCAGCACUGCUAAUCCACUGUGCUCAGUGGGGCACUGCUGGGGAUGCAGAAACCAUCCAGACCCCUGAUCUGGAGCUAAAUUCCAAAAUCUAACCAAGAACUAUGAACAUAAAAUAGGGAAGAAUGGAUUUGAAAAAAUAAACAAAUUUAAAUGAAUAAUAUUUUUUUUUUUUUUUUAAUUCUAG